AUGCCCUUGCACACCGUCCCAGGUGCGGCUGCAGGUCAUCCGACUAUGGGAAACUCAAGGCCAGUCCCUUCUAUACGAGAGGUAAACCGUGGUAGUCGUGAUGGCCGCCACCUGGACGAGGAAGCGCAUGCCGAGGCUGUUCCUUCACCCCAGCGCAUGACUCCACAUGCACCUAUCUUCGGUCCCACAAAUGGUCCCGCGUACCCAACUUUCUCCAAACCUACAGCCUUUGGAAUGUCCAAUGCCUCUGCAGCUCCAUGGAGAAGUAGUUUGAUCGGUCGAGUUGCAAGAGAUGUUCUGCAAUUCAUAGAUUUUAGUCCUUUGCUUGUCUGCGCGCCGAGACAAUGCAAUGCAGCAAGGCUGGCCAAUGACCGCGAGUGUUCCUCCCGAACGACUUGCAUCUACGCCGUCGAAACCAUUAAAUCUGUUUUCAUGGCGUGGCAUGACGCGACAUGCGCAACGCUGGAUCUGGAGUGGGAAGAUGGACAGCCAGGGUGCCGCAAAUGUGAGCGCAAGGCGCCUAAGCUAGCGCCUGUCCAUCCGAUUUCCCCACCUGCACCCCCGCCAGACACACCGCGGUCAGAGCUGAUAUGCACAUGGCCUCCAAGCUUGUUUUCUCAAGCUCAAGGCGGAGAUGACGAGGACUCAGAUACGCUAGCUCGUAUACUGGCGAACAUCGAUGAAUGGACUGGUACUACUUCUACCCGAUCAUCGCAAAGGGAGCUGAAAUCCGACCAGCAGACCCCGCAGCAGCAGCCACUAGAUCGAAGCGAACCAGAUUUACUGUUUCAGGGUGUCUAUUCGCGUCUUCCGGAUGCGAACUCCAUUCGUCUCCUACGCCUUCGUGGUAGCGAAGACACCAGCCACCCCGUCUGCGGCACUCUAGAGAAUCAUCGACUUCACGAUCCCUGCCGACCUAUUUUCGAGGCGUUUUCAUAUACUUGGGCAGACUCACAGGGCAAUUCUUCUUUGUGCAAGACCAUCUUUCUCGGCCCACAGUAUGAUGUGCUACCAGUCACGACGAACUGCUUGGCGGCGCUCCGGCGGUUCAGAACUGUUGCCGACCGUCUCGUUUGGGUGGAUGCGAUCUGUAUCAACCAGUUCGACUUGGAAGAGCGCGGACAUCAAGUCUCACUUAUGAGAGAUAUAUAUACCUCUGCAGCGAGGGUCCUCACGUACCUGGGUGACAAACAUGAUCUACUUGACACUGUAGCUGAGCGUUCAGAUAGCGACGGCCAACGCUUCGAUCCACUUCAUGUGGAUCUUAAAGCGAUUGUGCGCAUGCCUUACUUCUCGCGCAUCUGGGUAGUUCAAGAGCUGCUGCUUAGCAAAACCGCCAGCCUGACCUUUGACGACCAUACAAUGCACUGGACAGAUUUCUCGUCACAUGUGAAGUCCUUAACUGCAAGUAGAGAAGAUGGGUUUUACGGGAACUGGGUCGGACUUUUGAGUAAGAGAAGGAGAAUCAAGGAUCUGAUGUCGGCAUUGCAGAUUACGCAGGACUGCCGAUGUAGCGAUCCGCGUGACCGGGUAUAUGGGUUGAUGGGCCUGGUAGACGAUGAAGAUCGGAACAACUUCCCGAUAGACUACGAACUCAGCGUACAACAGCUUUAUACAGGCUUGACAAUGUACUGGCUUACGAAACCUGGUAGAUGCGAUCAUUCUUCCGGUCUGAGUUGGUUCAGUUCUCCUUUCGCCAACGAACGAGAUGAUCUCCGACAUGGAUGGUCGCUUGACGACAACUUCUGGAAUCAUGUUUGUUCAAGAGAACCCCAACGGAGUGAUCGCUCCGCGUUUGAACCCAGAUACUCGUGGGGAAAGCUCGCUAUAGAUGCAGGAUGGAAUCCUGAUUCCCCAGCAAGACUGCUCUCAGCUAAUGGUAUAUUGGCGCUUGAUGCUGUCCACAUCUUAUCUAUUCGUGAGGGCAAAGUGGAAAUUAUUGACACCGAUGGAAAGAGCCUGCAAGGGUUGUAUGUCGCCGGCUCGGAUCACAGCAAUUCUGGCGACACAUAUGCAUCCGGACGAAAUCGACUUACAUAUCGUUCUGAACUGGCAGCGUCCGUUUUUACUCAAACGUUAUCGGGAUGGUGUUUAUAG